AACCCGCCUUCUCAUAUUGAACAUGGAACAAUUAACUCACCUAGAGCUUCCGAAGAAAGGAAAGAUCCCUCUGAAUCCAGGUACUCACACGGCACUACAUUACGUUAUACCUGUGAAGAAGGGUUCAAGCUCUCUGAAGAAAAGGGAAUCACAUGCCAUAUGGGAAAAUGGAGUUCUCCACCACAGUGUGUAGGACUGUCUUGUGAGCCACCACCGGGGAAACCUCACAGUUCUCUGUCUCCUGAGUUAGACAGCUACCAACAUGGAGAGGAAGUUACCUACAUCUGUUCUGAUGGUUUUGGGAUUGAUGGACCUGACUCUAUACAAUGCUUUGGAGGAAAAUGGCCUGCCCCGCCAGAUUGCAAAAUUACAGAUUGCUUUCAAGUACCCACAUUUCCUCAUGCUGUACUCAGAAGCACUGUAAAGGAGUCAUAUAAGUCAGGAGAACAAGUCGAAUACGAAUGUGAAAAGAAUUUCCAAUUAGAUGGGUCAAAUAUUGUAAAGUGUAUCAAGGGUAAAUGGAUAGGAACGCCUACAUGUAAAGAUGUUUCCUGUGGGAAUCCUCCCAAGGUUGAAAAUGGUAAGAUGAUCUCAAAACCGAUGAUGAAGUAUCCACCGGAAGAGAAAAUACGUUAUGAAUGUGACAAACCUUAUAAACUCUAUGGAGAGGUAGAAGUGAUGUGCAUGAAUGGAACCUGGACAGAACCACCUCAGUGCAAAGGUAAAAUCUAUUAG